UGCAUGUACUUGUAGAUACUGGACUCAGGCUGCUUCACAUGAGUUUGAAAAAAUCAAAAGUAAAUUCUUCUGAGGAACAUGCCUUGGAAAUGCUGGAUCCCUUUGUGCAAAUACUGAUUGGCUGCCUACAGUCUAUGGAUGUAAAGGUCAUCACUGGAGCUCUGCAGUCCCUCAUCUGGAUGCUUAAGUUUCCAUUACCCUCUAUAGACAAGAACACGGAGGAGCUGAUUACACAGCUUUUUCUGUUGUUAAAAGACUAUGCAAAAGCAGGUGCAGCCAAAGGUCAAAAUUUCCAUCUGGUGGUUAGCUGUUUCAAGUGUGUUACCAUACUGGUUCGACACAUGAAGGGAACCAUUACAGAGAAACAGCUGCAAGUGUUGCUUGGUUAUGCUGAAGAGGAUCUCUAUGAUUCUUCACGGCAAGCCACUGCUUUUGGUUUGUUAAAGGCUAUUGUAUCUAGAAAGCUGAUCGUUCCUGAGAUUGAUGAUGUCAUGCAGAAAGUAGCGAAGUUAGCAGUGACCUCCCAGAGUGAGCAAGUGAGAGUUCAGUGCCGACAGAUAUACCUGAAGUAUUUGCUUGACUAUCCUCUGGGUGCCAAACUGAAACAGAACUUGGAGUUUAUAAUUGUACAACUAAACUAUGAAUAUGAAACUGGACGGGAUUCAGCCUUGGAAAUGAUAGCAUUUCUUUUCCAGACAUUCCCAGAGCAAAUGCUUAACCAGUUCUGUGGUCUCAUGUUUGUCCCGCUUGCUUUGAUGAUGGUCAACGAUGACUCUACAAAGUGUAAGAAAAUGGCUGCCUUGGCAGCAAAAUCUCUUCUUAGCAAAGUCGACAAAACGCAGAAAGACUUGAUGUUCUCAUUGCCUACCCAGUGGCUCAACAAUGAAAAGUCUUCUCUCAAGAGGUUGGGUGUCCUGGCCUGUGGCUUGUUUGUUGACGUUGAAGGAGUUGAAUUUGAGAGCAGACUGGAAGCUAUCCUUGUGACUAUCGAACGGGAAAUUGACCCAUUACAGUUUGAAGAUUUGAAAGAAGAGACAGAAGAAAAGGCAGCUGACAGACUGCUAUUCAGCUUACUUACCCUGGUUGCCAAGCUCAUCAAGGAGUGCAAUAUUACACAGCUCACAAAGCACAGAGAAAUUGUACAUAAAAUAUGUGCUCAUGUUCAAGCCCAUCUGAGAUACCCCCACAAUUGGGUCUGGCUUACAGCAUCCCAAAUUUUUGGAUUGUUGUUUUCCCUUCAAAAACCUGAAGAACUUGUGAAUAAAUGGAUGGGCCAAAAGGGAAAGAAGUUAAAGAAGGCUCAGACAGAGGCCUCUGAAUUCUACCUAGUGGAAAAUCUGGACAGCAAGAUGAAAGAUCUUUCGCUCUCUUUUUUCCAUCAGCUACAGUCAAAAUUUCUUGACCAGACCCUGGGAGAACAGGUGGUAAAGAAUUUGCUGUUUGUAGCCAAAGUUAUUUACCUCCUCCACCCAGAGGUGCAGAAUACCGAGAACCACCAGGAGGAGGAAGAUCAUGAAAGUGUUAAGCAGGAGGCUUCUGGAGAAGAGGAAGAUGCUGACAGUCAGAUGAAAGAAGAGAAAGGUGCCACUUUAGUGUGGCUCAUGACAAAAUUGUCAAUGCUAGCCAGGAAAGAAGCUGCUCAUACUCCUAAAAAUCCUCUAAAAAGAAUAUGUGUAUUUAAAUUCCUGGGGGCCAUGGCAGUGGAUCUAGGAAAAGAGAGAGUGAAGCCUUUUCUGCCAUCCAUCAUUGCUCCACUUUUCAGAGAACUGAACAGUACCUAUUCGGAUCGAGACCCAACACUGAAAAAUCUCUCUCAAGAAAUCAUUGACCUUCUGAAGAAUUUGGUUGGCUUACAGUGUUUCUCAUUGUGUUUUGCUGGUGUACAGAAACUAGCCAAUCAGAAGAGAGCCAUGAGGAAAAAGCAAAAAGCUCUGCAGGCUGUGGCUAACCCUGAUGUGGCAGCCAGGAAGAAACUCAAGAAACACAAAAAUAAAAUUGAGGCAAAAAAGAGGAAGAUUGAGUUUUUAAGACCAGGAUAUAAAGCAAAGAAACCUCGCAGCCAUGCUCUCAAAGACCUGGCAAUGGUGGAAUAA